UGAUGGCUCGAUACAUGUCUGACAGUAUAUGUAUAUCUUUGGACAAGUUAAAUUUGGAGCGAAUGCAAUUUGAUUGUCAUCAAGAGCUGUUUGAUUCGUCUGCUCUCAACGGUUGGACAGGUUAUCACGGAGCAGUGGACAGCUGUGCAGGGGGAGUUUGGGCUAAAAUAUGUGACCCGCAUGACAAUUAAUUGGCCGAGGUGGGCGACCACGUAUUGUCUUUUACAUUUGGCUGGGCGUCCGAUUGAGUAACUUGGCAUUGAUUACGACAAAAGACAAGAGGGGAAAACAGAUAUACAUAUGUACAUACAUAUAUAUGUAUAAAGAUUGCAAAUCGGGGGACAAUACAUGCUGGACAAGCGCUAGCCGAAAUUUACACAAAUCAGUUGAAUUUCGAGUGGACAAGCGAGAGGAGCUGCGUCUUUAAAGGGUAGCGAUAUGUGGAACUACGUGUUAAUUACAUUCGGAUUAGUGUGGCUGCAGCUGCUGCUGCUGGGCACGGAGGCGACGUUCGACUUCUCCAAUGUGGAUCUGGUCAAUUUUCAAUACUUCAAGAACCUCGACUCUCAAGAUCCACGCUAUGGCGCCCAAGCGAAUCCCAUUAUAGUGCACUUCCAGAAGAAGAAGGCCGUCUUGGAUUACAUCGAACGACUGUUCUUCGGCAACUCGCCGUUCCAGCAACCGAGCGAAAUACCCUUCGAUCCACACUUCGGCCGCAACUGGCGGCCAGUCUACGAGCGAAAAUUCGGGCGACGGGGCGAAAAUCUAAUUGCGGCGCUUGGCGCGGGCUACUCCUUGAGUCAGCUGCGACACUUUGGCGCGAUACCGCGCAACACGAUCUGAGGCUUGAGGGAGUAAAUUAUUACUUUAAUUUAUUUAUGAAAUAAAUCGUAAGUUUUGUCUU